AUAAAUACGAGACCCAAUUGGUUAGAAAUGAGGGCGGGAUAUGGGACAUCACGCAGAAUCGUGCGAAGCGAAUCGCAAAAUACGUUUACUAUAGCUGUGAAAUAAGUGAGUAAUCUUAAAGGGUAAAUACAUUGCUUGUUUUAGAAAAUUGUUUCAGCUAGUCUUAAGGAUGUUCUCAGUUGAAAAGGCUGUAAUAUAUCGUUAAAUUUCCAUAAUGUCUAAGUAUGUGACUCUCUUCCUGUCCUUCGGUAACUUGUCUUUGGGGUCGGACGGUUGUGGAAAUACAGCGAGAUAUGAGUAUCCAUUUUAUUAGAUGUUGUCGAUCUGCUACUCGUUUGUUUGGAAGUAAUUCAGUUAGAACCCUUUCCUCUUCUCAUAUAAAAAUGGCAUCCUCUAAACAUAAGAACACAAAAAGAAUUGAGGGACUGGACAAGAAUGUAUGGGUGGCCUUCACAUCACUGGCUGCAGACCCCUCUGUGGUUAAUUUGGGACAGGGUUACCCAGACAUCCCCCCGCCCAUCUACAUAAAAGAGGGUCUGGCACAGGCUGCCAUGGUGGACAAACUGAACCAGUACACUCGAAGCUUUGGUCACCCACCCCUGGUGAAGGCCCUGGCUCAGGUGUAUGGGAAAGUACAUGGCCGGCAGAUCGACCCUUUUAAAGAGGUCCUGGUGACUGUAGGCGGUUAUGGGUCAUUAUUCAGCACAAUGCAGGGACUGGUGGAAGAGGGAGAUGAGGUCAUAAUUAUUGAACCUUUUUUUGACUGUUAUGUCCCAAUGGUUAGAAUGGCUGGGGCUAAGCCUGUUUUAAUACCAUUGCGACUGAAAUCCGGCACCAAAAAAAACAUCUCUAGUGCGGACUGGGUUCUGGACCAAGAUGAACUUGCCAGUAAAUUUAACUCGAAGACAAAGGCCAUAAUAAUCAACACUCCAAACAACCCCCUUGGGAAAAUAUUCACCAGAGAUGAGUUACAGGUUAUUGCUGACCUUUGCAUCAAACACGACACACUGUGCGUCAGCGACGAGGUGUAUGAGUGGCUCAUAUUCAAGGGUCAUGAACAUGUAAAGAUAGCGACUCUCCCUGGUAUGUGGGACAGAACCAUCACCAUUGGCAGUGCAGGGAAAACCUUUAGUGUCACUGGCUGGAAGCUUGGCUGGUCCGUAGGCCCAGAGCACUUGAUUAAACAUCUACAAACUGUAAUGCAGAACAGCCUGUACACUUGUCCCACUCCUUUACAGGAGGCUGUGGCCCAGGGACUGCUGAAGAACUAUGAGCUGAUGGGCCAGCCUGACUGUUACUUUUCCUCCCUGGCCACUGAACUGGAGGUGAAGAGAGACCGUCUGGCCGGCAUCCUGCAGGACGCUGGCAUGUCUCCAAUUAUCCCAGAGGGCGGAUACUUCAUGAUUGUGGAUGUUACGGUUCUCAACCAGGACCUGUCCCAUAUUAAGGAUGAUGAACCAUAUGACUACAAGUUUAUCAAGUGGAUGAUCAAAGAAAAGAAAUUGGCUGCCAUUCCAGUAACAGCAUUCUGUGGAGACGAUUCCAAGAAGCAGUUUGAGAAAUACAUCCGUCUGUGUUUCAUCAAAGAAGACAGUACUCUGGAUGCUGCAGAGACCAUACUGAAGAACUGGAAUAGAAAUUGAUGUCAGAUGUAGUGUUGGAAGAUAAAGGGCUCUUCUAUCAUCUCCCUUUUAAGGGUUUAUUUCGUCUCUUAAACACCAUAGUCCAUCUGCUGAAAUAGUGCCUAUUUUGUCAUCAGUUACAGUGAUUUCAAGGUUUAAAUUUCACUCCCACUUGGUUUAACUGAGAAUGUCUCCAGAAUUAGUUUUGUGUGUUUUUUUAAUUGCUUUCCUAUUUAUUAUAAUUGUUUUUCAGCUGUUUGUAUUGCAGUAAAUUUGGUUGGGAUUGUAAACUGUUUAUUUGGGUUCUCCUAAGUUGUUGCUAUCUUUCCACUUCAGUGCUUUGAAAAGCAAAUUUCGAUUACAAACAUUAAUUUGUUGGGUUGAUUAAUUGAGUUGGAUGGCUUUUAGUGAUGUUUCCAAAUGAAAAUAAAACAUGAAGUUUCCAGCUGUGCUUUCAUAUAUCAAUUUAACUGCUAAACAACAAACUAAUUCAAAUAGUAAAAUGCAUAUCCUUGUCAAAGCUGUACUGACUUUUCUCACUUUCUGUUCUUUGGUCACUAGGUGGCAGUAUUCUCUUUAAAAUGAUUUGUUCUAACUUCAGUAAAGUUAGGUGCGGGUCAACAAGCAUGCCUUAAAUCAAUAUUUUUAAAUGUCCCAGGUGUAAAUGACACAGGAAAUCACUAAAAUGGUUUUGCAGGAGAAGAAUGUUUUUUAGCUUUAAAAUGUUCUGUUUGAUUCUGGUGUUUAAAAUUCUAAGAAGAUGCAGUUCCUUAAAUAACUCAUGUAGACGUGUGGAACUCAUAUAGUUCCUUAAAUAACCCUCAUUAAAAUUAAGGGAACUCAAGGUUUCGAAUGUAUACGUAGCCAGA